GCGACCUUCCCCCAGCGGGAAUUUUCCAAUGCUUCAUUGUCGUUAAAACCAAAGCCAAAUCGGCACGAUAAAAGCGCUCCCCGCUUUCUUUCUUUUCAAACAAUCCAAACCCAAGGAAUUCCUCUCAAUUCUUUCCUGCUAACGACCAGCGGUUGAAGAUGAAGGUGAAGGUGAAGCAAUCCCCGCCCAACCCCAACGCCACCGCCCAAAGCCUGACCUCCCAGGAGUCUCGCCUCCUCGUCCGCGAAACGCUGCGUAUCAGCGCCAACCUGGCGACGAAUGCGGGUGUAACUAGCAGCAGCGGAAGCUGCAUGAAUGAUGGAGCGGCGAUCCCAUUGAUGGAUGAAAAUCGGAGGAUGGGAUUGGUGGGGGAGGAAUUUGUGGAAUCGAGCUUGAAAUUGAUAUGUUGCGAGGAAAUCGACGGCAGGAGAUGGAAGUACAUGGCGGAGAAAGAUCCUUUUGGAAAUCUCAAGAGCAAUUCCAUUCGCGCUCUCAGCUUGCACAACCCUCAGGCCCCUGUUGAUGAAUUGAUGUCGUUUGUGCGAUCAUAUGUGGUGCCUGAGGGCUUUCCUGACAGUGUUACUCCUUCGUACGUGCCAUACAUGACAUGGAGAGCAUUGAAGCACUUCUUUGGUGGGGCAAUGGGUGUUUUCACAACGCAAACCCUUUUGAGCUCGGUUGGGGUCUCUAGAAAUAGAGCUACUCCUGGUGCUGUCGCUAUCAAUUGGAUUCUCAAGGAUGGCGCUGGUCGUGUUGGUAAAAUGCUUUUUGCUCGGCAAGGAAAGAAAUUUGAUUAUGAUCUAAAACAGCUGCGGUUUGCUGGUGACCUUCUUAUGGAGAUGGGUGCUGGGGUAGAGUUGGUAACUGCAGCUGUGCCUCAUCUUUUUCUUCCUUUGGCUUGUGCUGCAAACGUGGCAAAGAAUGUUGCUGCUGUAACAUCAACAUCGACUCGGACACCAAUUUACAAAGCCUUUGCGAAAGGAGAAAACAUCGGAGAUGUCACAGCUAAAGGAGAAUGUGUUGGCAAUAUUGCAGAUCUGCUGGGAACUGGACUGAGCAUUAUGAUCUCGAAAAGAAACCCGUCCUUGAUUACCACAUUUGCUCUCCUUUCAUGUGGAUAUGUCUUCAGUUCUUACCAAGAGGUUAGAUCUGUAGUGUUGCACACAUUAAAUAGAGCGAGAUUCAGUGUGGCGGUAGAUUCCUUCCUUAAGACUGGGCAAGUUCCCUCGUUGCAGGAGGGAAAUCUGCAGGAAAAUAUAUUCAGUUUUCCAUGGUUGAAGGAUAGACCUGUUGUUCUUGGGUCAAGAUUUAAGGAUGCUUUCCAAGAUCCAGGUCCCUAUCUUGCGAUAGAACCUUUCUUUGAGAAAGAAAAAUAUUUAGUGACAUAUAAUCCUUCAAAGGGAAAAGUAUAUGCAUUGCUCAAGGAUCAAGCAAAUUCAGAUGACAUUAUAAAAGCAGCAUUUCAUGCACAUGUGCUCUUGCAUUUCAUUCAUUCAUCAAAUAAUGGUCAAUUUUCAUCUAGAAGUCAGCAAGAACAUGAUCACUCAAACCUCAUCCCCUCAACUACUGAUUUUGAGGCUCAAAUUGCUGAUUCAUGUAAGAUGGUUUCAACAUCAUAUGGACUUUUCAAGAGCAAAGCUGCAGAACAGGGUUGGAGGAUGUCAGAGUCGCUUCUUAAUCCAGGUCGAGCUCGACUGUAUUAAUGAGUUAAAUGGGAGAACAGGCUUGAACUCUUCUGCUUAUCCGAAAUUGGAUGCGUGAGUUGCAAACCAAUUUCUGACUAUACAUUAUAGUCCAUAGGCAACACUGGCAAGAGCAUUUACAUGACACGAGGUUCAGAAUUGGCCAUAUACCAUUGGGAUGACCGUGGGAAUGCCAUGGUUCUCUUUGAGCCGGUCAGACUGUGCAAGCACCCAAUUUUCCGCACUUAGGGCUAUAAGUGGAAUGGUUUCCAGGAAGCUGACAUUACACAGUGAUGAGUUACAGCAAAUGCAGCAUUGGAAAUGAGUUUCAUAGUGUAACAUAUAUACAAAGUGUUUAUCAUUGAAAUCCUUUUUCCCCGUUUCCAUCUUUUACAGGAGGGUCUAUGGCUUUCUUUUUCCCUUUUGAGUGAGGUGUUGCCCUUUUUUAGGUGCCCAUAUUGGCGGUGCCAGCUUAUUCAUGUUGUUUUGAAAGCUGUGUAUAAUUUAAUUUUAUUGGGGGUUCAAUACACCUUGUUCCUUUAUUUUCCCUGUGAGAUCACAUAUUACUACAGUCUGUGCUCCAAACCUAGUCAGGUAAACAGUGUGUCUAUGCUACACAGCUGCACUCUGGCCUUAUGGUCUCCAAGUGAUUUAGACCAGCUUCGGUGGCAAAAAAUCACACCGACUCUUUGCUUUGCAGCCUUGGAAAUAUAUAUAUGGAAUUGUACAAA